AUGACUUCGAAUACAGAUCGCGCAGCUCAAAAGCGCGAACAAAAUCGCCUACGCAGCGCGAGGCAUCGAGCGAUAAAACGGAUCACCAUGACUGAUGAUGAGCGAGCAGAGCAACGGGAAAAUAAUCGCCUACGAAAUAUUGAAUAUCGCAAAAGAAAACGUGAACGCACGACGGACGAAGAACGGAGGACGCUGAGGGAGGCGGCGCGCACCCGGUCGCAUCGACAUCGGGAAAAAAUCAACAGGGCGUGCCUUCAGAUGGGAAUACAGGCGCUUGUAUCCUCCCGCCGGUCACGGAACAGGAACAAGAUGCAGCAUUGGCUCGACUUCGAAAGACUCUUGGCCCAGAUGGCCUUGAUGAAUGCAUUUGCAUCGUUUGUGAUCGAACUGUUCUAA